AAUUCAGCUCUGACAUCCUCCAGUGGUGCUGUAGAUGACGAAUCUCCACGUUCUGUGGAUCUGGAAGUGUUGACUGACAGCACAAGCCAGUUUGUGCAAAAUGUUGGCCUCAGAAAAUCUGAUGUUCUCUGUGACAUCUGUGAAGAAACAAAAAUGAAAGCCCUGAAGUCCUGUCUGGCGUGUCAGACGUCUUACUGUGAAACUCAUCUGGAUCUUCAUCAGAAAGAAUAUUUAAAGAAACACAAACUGAUGGACCCUGUGGAGAAUAUAAAUGACUACAUAUGCCAGAAACACAAGAGACCUCUGGAGCUGUUCUGCAGAGAUGAUCAGACGUAUGUGUGUGUGUUUUGCACUGAUGGAGACCACAAGACUCACAACACUGUUACUCUAGAGAAGGAGAGUACAGAGAAAAAGACUCAUAUGAUGAAGACCCAGAAAGAUGUGCAACAGAUGAUUCAGGACAGAAUCAAGAAGAUCCAAGACAUCAGAGAUUCAGCAGAUCACAGAAAAAAAAGCACAGAGCGAGAGAAAGCAGCCAGUGUUGAGCUCUUCAGAGAUCUGAUGCGCUCCAUUGAGAGAUGUCAGACUGAGCUGCUGGAGAUGAUGGUGGAGAAGCAGAAAGCAGCAGAGAAACAGGAUGAAGAGCUCAUUCAAGAGCUGCAGCAGGAAAUCACUGAGCUCAAGAUGAGAAACACUGAGCUGGAUCAUCUCUUACACACUGAGGAUCACCUCCACCUCCUACAGAUUGAUCCAUCCCUGUACAGUCCUCCACACACCAGGAACUGGCCUGAGAUCAGAAUGAACACUGAUGUGAGUGUGGAGACUCUGAGGAGAGCUCUGACUCAACUGCAAGAAACUCUAGAUGAGAAGCUCAAUGAAUCUGUGUUGAGGGUGAUGCAGCAUUAUACAGUGGAUAUGACUCUGGAUCCUGAUACAGCUCAUCCAAAUCUCAUCCUGUCUGAUGAUGGGAAACAAGUGAGACAUGGCGACAUUCAACAAAAGCUCCCAAACAAUCCAGAGAGGUUUGAUUACUAUCCUGGUGUCCUGGGAAAAGAGGGAUUCUCCUCAGGGAGAUUUUAUUUUGAAGUGCAGCUGAAGGGAAAGACUGACUGGAAUUUAGGAGUGGCCAGAGAAUCUAAUAACAGAAAGGGACUGAUCACAGUGUGUCCUCAGAAUGGAUUCUGGACUGUUGCUCUGAGGAAUGGGAAUGAAUAUUGGGCCUGCACUGGUCCGUCCGUCUGUCUGUAUCUCAGAGUGAAACCACAGAAGGUGGGGGUGUUUGUGGAUUAUGAGGAGGGUCUGGUCUCCUUCUAUGAUGUGGAGUCCAGAUCUCAUAUCUGCUCUUUCACUGGUCAGUCUUUCACUGAGAAACUCCAUCUGUAUUUUUGUCUUUUUAGUAAAGGUGAUAAAGGUCAAAACUCUUUCCCAGUAACCAUCUCACCUGUUAUUAACACUGAAUGA